CUAAAUUUACUGACUAUGGACGAUAUUUAUACGUGUUCAGUAUGCGCGAAGAUAUGUUUUGAAGAAAUAUCUCAUGCACGCCACGAGAAAUACUGUCGUCGACGCGCCACGAAACCACCGCGCCCCAAGGCUUGCGGACCAUGCAGAAAAACCAAAAGCAAGUGUAACUUUGGAUGGCCUUGCUCUCGGUGUGCGAAUCGACAAAUCGUCUGCUCUUACGAAAAAGGGGGCUUCACUAUCGAUGCUGAUAUUCCUCUACUUAUGGGGGAUGCUGGAACUUCCGAUAAGGCUCUCGAUAAUCCAGACGAUUCUAGAAGCAAAGCGAUCAUUCCUUUCACUAUGUCACAGCUGGAUCUUAUCACACGCUUAGACAUGGAGGUAUUCCAGGGCUCUCAAGCAAACCUGGGUGAGACUAUUAAUGUUGGACCAACAAGUUUCAUCUACAUCGAAGGCUGGUACAGGUCUACUCUGGUGUCUGGAGACAGCUUCGCCACUCUCUUCUCGAAAUCCAUCUCAGCCAUCGUUCAAGCACAAAAUCAAUCCUCAAUCGCAUCAUUCACAUUUGAUAACAAAACAAUAAAUGAUCUCUCUGCACCCCUCGAUCUUAUCAACUUCUCUGCAUACAAUGAACUUCCAUUAUUAUCGAACAAAGACUCGGCGUCAUCGCGUCCACUGGAAACGACUGCAUUGCACUCGACACUCACCCCCAACUUAUCUACGCCAUUAUCUGAGCAAUACCUGACCAGAGCAUGUCGUCAGCACAUCAUGUCAACUCUACGCGCAUAUCCACGCAUGAUGACCAGAUCAAAUAAUUUGCCACCUUUUAUACAUCGAGUCGGAUGCGGUCUCCAUUACAGCGAACAGACUGCGCUAGAUGGAAACAAUCAUUCAUUUGCCCCCCUCAGUCCUCUCGCAGCUUGCGCGGAUAUCGCGCGGAUAUUUUGCUCGGGAAAUCCCACGUCAAAUGAAUUUUUGUGGAGGUCUAUCGAUAAUGAACAACGCCGGAUUGCAGACGAGCUAGAUCGAUUUUCGAAAGGCGAGAUUCUGGCUGCUAUGCAAGCCACUCUUAUAUAUGUCAUCAUGCGACUCAUGAGUUUUGGCCCUGAGUACUUUGAACGAAACCGGGACUUGCAAAAAUUGACCAAGACGUCCUGCUUGCGGUUGCAUAGACCCAACAUCUGCGCACAUAGCCCUUCUCAUAUUCGAGCAUCGCGACCAACGUGGGAGGAGUGGAUCUUCGAGGAGACACAGCGAAGAGUUGUGAUCGUGGGGUUUUUGCUCUCUUUGAUUAUAGGCUCAGAUCCGUGCAACGUUCUCGCGGACCCGAGAUUGAUGAAUGUUCCCGGCGAGAAGACACUUUGGGAAGCAAGGACGCGAUGGGAUUGGGAGAUGGAGUAUAGCCGUUCACUGAUCGAUGGCUCUCCACUGGGCAUACAGACUAUGAGCGAUUUGGCCAUCGCCAAGUUUGGCAGCAAGAUCGAUGGCCGAGCUGGGAACUCACCGGAUGACGCUUUGGAUGAUUGGCAUGCGGGUCUGGACAACUUGGGAAUGUUAUUUGCAGCAACCCUGGCCGGAAUAUGAUAUAUGCACGUUAAAUCAUCUUUUAAGAUAUGCUUUGGGGAAAUGUUCUUUGGAAUUUGCUGACGAAAUGCAUGGUGACGUCAUAAAACCGUAGCUAAGCCCGGUGACAUUCACCAACGUUGAAACUUGUAAACACCACCUUCGCAUGAGUGGAGGAGUAACAAUUCGAGCUUCGCGCGAGUAAUGC